AUGGAAGUAACGAGGCCCAGCUACGUAGCAACCGCAACAGCGGCUUCUGCUAGCAAGGGCAACAAGGGCAGCAAGGGCAAAAAGGGUAACAAGGGCAACAGAGGCACCAUAAUUCCAGAGUCCAACAUCGUCUCAACCACCGUGCCUGGUGUCCCCCUCGACGACAAUCAAAUCGACUGUCCAGCCAAGGACUAUGAUAACGAGUCGUACGAGCCGAAUUCGGACACUAUCACCAUCGAAACCCCUUCUCCUGUGUCCGUUACCCAACCCCCGCCCGUAGAGGAGGAGUCUGCCAAGAUGCCUCCUGGGAAGAGACCUCCUCCGCCAAAGAGGGACACGGAGGUCGGUGAGCUUCUGACUCUGCCACAGAGGAAUGAGCUCGUGGCCCUGAUCACAACCAUAACGGAUGCCAUGAGGGACAACGUUACUCGGAGUUUCGACUUCCCCCCCAUAAUCCUCGCUGGAGACGCAGAUGGCCCCAAUGCCAAGGCCUUGAACUAUCUCCCUCCUAUUUUCGACAUGAUGGGUCUCAAGAUUGAUAGCAUGGGCAAUGCUCGCCCAUCACCUCGAAGCCGUCACAAACGCAACCAGGAUGCUGCUAAGCUCGCACCUCUUCUGCAUAACGGAACGAACCCCCUCACUCCAACCCUUGAGGGCCUCAAGAGAGAUACCCUCGCCAACAUUCGUCGUUGGCAAUCCGGUGUCACCAAGCGAGUAUCUGAGCUCGUUGUUGCGCGGACAGGGCCCGGCGGCAACCCUCAUCCCAGCGCCCCCAACGCCCUGGCAAAAACCGCCUUUAAGGGUGCCCCUAGCAUGGCCAAGGCGGGCGCAGGGCCAGGAGUUAUGAGGCCUAUUAAGCAGUCCAAUGGCAUGUAUUCAAUGAGGCUCAUCCAGUCACUUUCGUGCUUCAGAAGACUAACAGACCUAGAUUCGCAAUCCUCCACAACCACAGAUGCGGACGCUGUACUCCUACAGCUUUACGCUCCGGCAGUUACCGCCCUCUCGACUCUGCCAAUGCCCAAGAGACGCUUGAUCCUUCACUCAAUGCUGAUGCUUCUGCUGUCUCUCGACACCUAUACGGCUUAUUCGAGAACCCUGAUGCUUUACCUUGCCACAUCUUUGCAGGUCCCUCCUCAUAUGCUUGGUGGAGACGAGGUACGUGUUGCCAACGGGCUGUCCCGCCUUGCUUCUGAGAUCUGCAUUGAGGAUCUACAGAUUCCCAAGAGGGGGGAUGAAAAGAAGGACAUGCGGCGAAUGCGGUCAGAGACUACGAAUGGCGGUCUGCUUCCGCCGCUCGCAGCCGCUGGCUUCGGUUCGGCCCAAGGCGGUGGUGCCAGCAUCAGCCCUGCCACUACGAACGGACUACUCGGGCCCAUGGCUUAUAACAACAUGGUGGUCGGCACCCUCUUCGGUAUUUACGGGACCCGAGGCGCCGGCAAGAUGGUCGAGUCCUACACCAAGGACGUGUCAGAUUUUGCAUUUUUGCCCCUCUACCCAACUUCAGAACCCGAAUUCAGGGGUGCGCGAGAGGUCGGUGUCGACAAUCGCAGGCUGCGAGCCGUCUUCUGCGUAAAUGGAUGGGUGACGCAGAUGAAGGGACUUACAGAGACAUGGGAAGUAUUUGGCUCGCAAGGUGAAGUCUAUGGACUGCGGUGGGAAGCUGAUUCGCUCGUCGACAUGGGCAAGGCGCUGGUGACAGUGGCACGCAGCAAGGCCUGGUCGGAAGCAAAACGUGAUUUUGCUGCUCGUCGGAGUAGUUCCACUGGCUCAACGGCUUUUCAGAUGCUGAGCAACGCCACAGUGUACGCCACCCUCGGCAACAAGACCUGGCUAGAGCAAUGGCCACCUUCUCUGCUCAAGCUCAGUAAGAUCGUCGACAACAUCUGGGGCACUUGCAUGGUGAGGGCAGAUAAAACAGGCUCAGUGCUCGCAGAGGCUCUCAUGAGCCGCGUUCAAGGCGAACGCGGUGUCACUCUCGUUGGGUACAGUCUCGGAGCACGGGUCAUCUACAACUGCCUGAUGACGUUGGUGGAGCGACGCAUGCUAGGAAUCGUCGAGAACGUCGUUAUAAUGGGCGCACCAGUCUCAUCGGAUAGUCGAGUAUGGUCUGUUCUCAGAAGUGCCGUUUCGGGCCGCUUGAUCAACGUCUACUCUGAGAACGACUACAUGCUGGCCUUCUUGGUCCGACACGGAUGCGUCCAGUUCGGCAUAGCCGGCCUACAAUGCAUCGACAAGCAGAACGGCGUGGAGAACGUCAACGCCAGCGCUCUGAUCACCAAUCAUCUGCGGUACCAGUAUCUAGUCGGCACCAUCCUCAAGAACUUAGGCUGGGAAGACAUUGAUGGAGCAGUUGUCGUGGCCAAGGAAGAGGAGCUGAGAGUUCUGGAGGACCGUAUCGACUAUGAUAAGCGGAUGCAGAGGUACAACGAUGAGCUCGCCGCCAAGAAGAGGGAGGAGACUGCAGCCAAGGAUGCUGCAAUGGCCAAGGAGAACGGUGCAACGAUGCCUUCAACCACACCCAAAAAGAAACAGCCGGCGACUCGAAUUCCAGGUUCCAAGAAGAGGAAGAGGAACUAG